AUGGGAGGUGAAUUCGCUGAAGUCGAGCUCCAAGAUGGGAAGCUACUGCUAUGGCUUCCUCUGCCAUAUCGAGUCCUCAUUCUCAUCAUUGCCGGUGUGUGGGCAUGGGGACUCAAUCUACAAUACCUAUAUAGUCUUCGAAUAGACGUAGCCGGCCUGAUCAAAUAUACUCGAGGAGCACCGGAUAUACCUAUGCACACGUCGGUGUACCGAGUAGCAUCCAUACUCAGUGCUAUGCUGGCGGUGAAUCUGAUGAUAUUUUGGCGGUACACAUCAGUCGAUACGGAGUCGGUUAGGAAAUGGGAGAUGCUUCCGGGCCUAUUGUUACUCGGAAUUUUGAUAACUUUCGUUCUGCCGAUUAACAUUCUCCACAGGGAAGGUCGAUAUCGGCUUCUCAAGAAUUUCCGUCGUAUUGCAUUCGGCUACAUCGAUCGCGAGCAACGUUUCUCCGACCUCCUCCUUGCUGAUGUCCUCACAUCAUACGCCAAGGUGCUCGGGGAUCUAUGGAUAUGCAGCUGUAUGUUCUUUACGGGAAUAUCUUCAACAUCCAUGCCGGAACGACAAUGCGGUGGAACAUACAUGUUACCUAUCAUCAUCGCUAUUCCAUCUGCCAUUCGACUUCGACAAUGCCUUAUCGAGUACGGAAGGAACAUUGGUCGCCCUGCAUCUGAACGAAAGCCACACAUGUACAAUGCUAUGAAAUACGCCAGUGCAUUCCCUGUUAUCCUUUUUAGCGCAUUGCAGAAAGACACGGAUGCCGGUAGCAAUGGCCUCACUGGGGAAACUGCAUUAUAUAGAUUUUGGCUUCUCUCUGUUCUCGUAAACUCCAGUUUUUCAUUUUACUGGGACGUUGCUAGGGAUUGGGAUCUGUCACUCUUUUCGGCGGCUCGCUCAAAUCCUGAACAUCCAUUCGGACUUCGCCAAGUUAUGAUAUUCCCUGUUCCCAGCGUGUACUAUGCUGCGAUCUUCCUCGAUGGACUAUUGAGGUUGACAUGGUCACUCAAACUAUCCCCCCAUCUUGAUCGAUACGGCGACCUCGAACUCGGCGUUUUCAUUCUACAGUUCCUUGAAAUCUUUCGCCGCUGGCUAUGGAUCUUCUUCCGUGUCGAAACCGAAUGGACAAGAACGGAAACAAGAAUGGGCGGCGAUAUCCUACUUGGGGAGUACCCAUACAAAAGUGAUUCCGACUAA